AUGUCGAACAUCCUCAUCAUUGGCGCAACCCGCGGCCUCGGCGCCUCUCUCGCAACCCACUACGCCUCCCUCCCAACCACAUCCACCGUCUACGCAACAACCCGCUCCUUCAAAACUCCAGAAUCACCCAAACAUGACAAGAUCCGCUGGCUCCUCAACGUCGACAUUUCAGAGGCUGACGUCGGUUACACUUUAGUCUCCCAAAUCAUCCCAGACAGCCAAACGCUCGACAUGGUAAUCGUGAACGCCGGCUAUUUUGGUUCAGAGUCCUUCGAUGGACCGGAUUGGCAGAAAGAGGUCCGCAUGUACACCACCUCCGCUAUUGGUCCGGUUUUUGCAAUCCAGGCACUCGUGAAACGCAAUUUGGUCAGAUCAGGCGGCAAGUUUAUUCUCAUUUCUUCGGAGGCGGGGAGUAUAACGCUUCGACAUGAGUCUGAGGGUGGCGGGAAUUAUGGACAUCACGCGAGUAAAGCGGCUCUGAAUAUGGUAGGGAAAUUGUUAUCGCUGGAUCUGAAAGACAAAGGCAUAGCGGUUGGGAUGGUGCAUCCGGGGUUUAUGAGAACGGAGAUGACCCGGGGGGUUGGCUUCGAUAAAUACUAUGAAUCUGGAGGUGCCGUGACACCAGAUGAAGCGGCAAAGUCGUUGGUGGAGUUUGUCGACAAGGAUUUUGGGAUCGAGAAGACGGGGACGUUUUGGGCUCCUAGAGGGCCGAGGGACAUUGGAACUGCUGAGCCGGUACUCGGCAAGAACCUACCUACACCUUUGGAGUUACCAUGGUAG